CGGAGAGCCCAACUUCUCAGCAGCGCCGGAGCGGGGAGGGGAGAAGAGAAAGCGCAGCAGCCGAAAGCCCUGAUUCUCGGGAGCCUCCCACCCCGCCUCUCGGCGAGGAGGGCUCGGAGACUCCGCUGGGGGCGGAGGAGGAGGCCGGGAGGCGGGGAGGGGGGAGGCAAACCCUGCCCACUCGGCUCCGAGCCCGGAACGGCCGCGGAAGUCGGAAGCCGGCGCGCAGGGCGAGGAGGGCACCGGGGGCGGGGGGCUCCUGACCCCUCUCGCCCCAGCCAGGAAAGUGAAGGAUCCUCGGACUUCAGAGCCAGCGGACGGACCGACAGUGACUGCCAGCCGCUCCGAGCCAAGGACUCGCCCCACCCGCCCCCCUCCCCGCCCCCCAGGCGCUCCGAACUCACUGGUGAGCGCGGCGGCCUUGGCGCUGGAUGCGGGGGCAGCCGCGAUGGCCCUGCGCGCGGGACAGCCGGAGCAAAGGGGGCCGCUGCUGCCGGGGCUGCUGCUCGUGGCGGCGGCGCUGAGCCGGCCCGCCGCGCCCUGUCCCUUCCAGUGCUACUGCUUCGGCGGCCCCAAGCUGCUGUUGCGCUGCGCGUCGGGCGCGGAGCUCCGGCAGCCGCCGCGGGACGUGCCGCCCGACGCGCGCAACCUCACCAUCGUGGGCGCCAACCUGACGGUGCUGCGCGCGGCCGCCUUCGCCGGCGGGGACGCGGACGGGGAGGAGGUGGCGGCGGGCGGCGUGCGCCUACCGCUCCUGACCGCGCUGCGCCUCACGCACAACAACAUCGAGGUGGUGGAGGACGGCGCCUUCGACGGGCUGCCCAGCCUGGCGGCGCUCGACCUGAGCCACAACCCGCUGCGCGCCCUGGGCGCCGGCGCCUUCCGCGGGCUGCCCGCGCUGCGCUCGCUGCAGCUCAACCACCGCCUGCGCUGCGCCGCCCCGCGCGCCCUGCACGACCGGCCGUUCCUGGACCUGGACGAGGUGCGGCUGCGCUGCGCCGACGGCGCCGCCGAGGGUCGCGGGGAGGAAGUGGAACUCGCCGGCCCGGAGCUGGAAGCCUCCUACGUCUUCUUCGGGCUGGUGCUGGCGCUCAUCGGCCUCAUCUUCCUAAUGGUGCUCUACCUAAACCGCCGCGGCAUCCAGCGCUGGAUGCGCAACUUGCGCGAGGCCUGCCGGGACCAGAUGGAGGGCUACCACUACCGCUACGAGCAGGACGCCGACCCGCGCCGCGCGCCCGCCCCGGCCGUCCCCGCCGGCUCCAGCGCCACCUCCCCGGGCUCGGGCCUCUGAGCUUCGCCGGGCGGGGGUUGGGAGCUGCCCCUGCCAGCUGAUGACCUUAUUGGGGCUGCCUGGCUGAAGCCGUGGGUAUGAGACACCCGCGAGCUUGGGGCUUUGAAACCUGCCCCUGAUGGGCCUGAGACCUUUGGAUUACGGCACUCCCGCCCCCGGCGGCCCCAAGCUGUACCCCCUCUCCCCAGCCUCAG